AUGGUGAAUCGGUGGCCAAGCGGGCAUAUGUUGGGAGUGGCCGCCGUGACGUCACUCGCCGGCUCUUUUCAUUUCGGAUACCAGUUAACAAUGACAAAUCCGGCACAGGACGCUUUUCUCAACUUUUUGAACCAGACUCUUGGUGCUAGGUUUAAAGAUGGCCUUUCGGAUACCACUAUUGAGGUUGGAUUGGAAAUUGGGAACCUUCAAUGAAAAACUUGGGACUCAAAAUUGCCCGACCGUUGUUUCAAAUAUGAACUGUGAAAAUAUUUCAGAACAUCUGGAGUUUUGUGGUAGCUAUCAUGUUUCUUGGGGCGUUGGCUGGUUCAUUUUCGAUUCGAUUCAUAGCGGAGAAAAUUGGACGCAAACGCGGACUUUACAUUUCUAUUGGAGCCGGUGUGAUUUCCUGCUUGAUGGCUAUCGGUUCAAAAUAUGUUCGUUUUUUAAUUAAACUGUUCUGCUGAACUCAUUACGGUGGUGAAACAAGGCGUCUGAACUUUUACUUUUGUUUGUCUCUAUAUUUUUUUGAGUCAUGAGUGCAAAGAAAAUUCAAAAAAACUUUCAAAGCAUGGUUUUAUUUACCAAGUUUAUAAACUUUCUAGAAACGCCGUGUUUAAUAAAUAAAACUAAUAAAUCGAAAAAAGUACCUUUUAAGGUUUCCUUGUUUGAACUUUUCAUCGUUUCGAGGAUUUUGAUGGGAUGGUCCGUCAGUGUGAAUCUUGGGCUUUCGGCAAUUUUCCUCUCUGAAGCAAGGUUGGUUAAUCUUCAUUCUGAAACUUGAAAAAAAUUUAUGCGAAGGAAACUUUAUGAAGCAAAAAAAGAAGAGAAAAAAAGGAAAACAAAAAAACUCGAGGAAAAAAAGUUUCCGUUGGAGCGCAAAAGUCAGCUUUGUACAUUUUUUUAUUUUUUUAUAAAUUUAUUUUUUUAAAAUUCUUUAUGCUAUAGUUUUUCUUCUCUUUUGAUUACCUUUCCGACUUCACAAUUUUUUUAUACAAGUGGAAUGCACCACAGAAGCUUUGGUUUCGCUAAAAAAAUCUAUUAAAAGUUUCUCACUAAAUCUAUUUACUUCAUAUUUUCAGUCCAAAAGAAUGUCGAGGAGCGAUUGGCAUGGUUACAGGUACGAGUGUUCAAUUUGGGACAGUAUGUGGAUCAAUCGUAGCUAUGCCGCAACUUCUAGGAACAGACACACUUUGGUCAGUCUGUUUUUUCAAUUUAUUUUUUCAAUUUGAAAUUUUUCAGGCCUUUCAUUUACGCUGUGGAAAUUGUGAUCAUUGUUGUUUUCGCGGUAUCUCUUCCAUUUCUGCCUGAAUCGCCAGGGUUGGUUUUAAAAAACUUCCUUUUGUUCAUCAAUCUUUCCAGUCACGGAAAACCUAAAGCAGAAGAACAGCGAUUAGCAUUUAAUGCGAACUUUUAUCGUUUUCCUCACAACCUCAUGAGACAAUGCAAUGAUUACGGAACCUUUUGUAGGAAAAAGAAAGCCGAAAAUUGUUGAUAAGAGGUUAAGAGGCGAACUUGAAAAGACAAAGAAGUGUGAGUCCUCGGCUUGGCCAUGCCGGGACCCCAUCGGUAGUUUCGAUGUGGUCGAAUAG